AUGUUCAGACUCCAGAUUUGUAAGCCGGUGAAUGACAUCAAUAAUCAGGCUCUAAAAUUCCCGGACAUCAGUAAUGCUGCCGUUGAGUAUUUGCAGGGGGCAUUUGGAAAUAAUGUGCUGCAUGGUCUGGCCUUCAGGGCCGCAAUCAUGCAAUGGACUGGACCUCAUCUUCUCGAGGUGUCUGCAGCACCCUUGUCUUGUCCGAAUCCGGUUCAACCCGGACCAUUUUUCGCGAGCCGAGUUCAUGCCAGGGGUUCUGUGGUCGGGUUGAAAACACGUUUAUGGGCAGCUGUAGCGUCCCACUCUCCACUGUUCCUCGAGACUCAGUCGUGA